GGUCAAAGAGUACCGAAUCUGCAUGCCCCUCACCACGGAAGAGUACCGAGUCGGUCAGCUCUACACCAUCAGCAAGCACAGCCACCAGGAAAGCGACAAAGGAGAAGGGGUGGAGGUGGUGAAGAACGAGCCGCACGAGGACCCCGUCCACGGUCAGGGCCAGUUCACGGAGAAGCGGGUGCACCUGUCCAGCAAGCUGCCAAGCUGGGCGCGGGCCGUGACGCCGCGGAUAUUCUACAUCACCGAGAAGGCCUGGAACUACUACCCGUACACUAUCACAGAGUACACAUGCUCGUUUCUGCCCAAGUUUUCCAUCUACAUAGAAACAAAGUACGAGGAUAACUGCGGAGACAACGCAAAUAUCUUCCACAGCGAAAAAAUCUUGGGGGACCAUGAAGUGACAUUCCUGGACAUUGCCUUCGAUGAAAUCCCAGAGCGCUACUACCGGAGCCCUGAGGAUCUCCGGUAUUUCAGCUCGACAAAGACGGGCCGCGGGCCGCUGCGGGAGGGCUGGCGGGAACACACCCACCCCAUUAUGUGCUCCUACAAGCUGGUGACGGUCAAGUUUGAAGUGUGGGGGCUGCAGACACGGGUGGAGCAGUUUGUCCACAAGGUCAUUCGGGAUAUCCUGCUGAUCGGGCACCGGCAAGCCUUCGCCUGGGUGGAUGAGUGGUGUGACAUGUCCCUGGAAGAGGUCCGUGCCUUCGAGACUCAGAUGUACACGGCCACAAACAAAAACUUCGGCAGCCAGGAGCUCUAGCUUCCCGACCUGCCCCGCCC